AUGGAAGAGUACCCAUCAAUCCCAAUGGAGAGAACAGGAAAGAUCAUCAGGAGAGCAAUCUACAUCUUCCUUCAAAACUACCAAUACUUCACCACAACUGCUGCUCUCCUUGCCUUUCCCUUCUCAGCCUCAAUUCUCCUCUCACAAGCUCUCAUUCCCUCCUCUUCUCUCCUCUCACUACUUCACAGUCUCCUCAGCUCUCUCUUUCAUGCUGCAGGUUUUCCUCCCUCAUCACAACUCUUCACCAUUCUCACUGUCAAGCUCUCUCAGACCACUGCUUCUUCCAUUCUUGCACUUCCCUUCACCCUCUCCUCCCUCAUCGUCGCGAAGGCAUCCGUAAUUCAAGCUCUCAAUCACCACAAACCAUCUCCUCCACCUUCAUUCUCUUCUUUUCUAUCACUCUACAAACCAAUCAUUAUCACUCAAAUUUGUAACUCAAUUCUCAUUCUCGCCGCAAAUGCAGCUUGUUUCUCUCUCACAGUCUUUGCCUUCAAUUGUCUUGAAUGUCUUGGCUUCUCUUCUCCCAACUCCAUUCUCUUCGUGUCAGCCACCGGGGCCAUUCUCUACUCGGUGAUUAUUGCCAAUGCCAUCAUAGUCUGCAACCUAGCACUGGUUUCGUCCGGGAUGGAGAGAUGUGGAGGGCGUGUUGCCAUUCUCAAGGCCUGUGCACUGAUCAGGGGAAGAACUGGAACCACGCUGUCGCUUUCUGUGUCUGUCAAUAUGGCCAUGGCUGCAGUUGAAGCCCUGUUCCAAUACCGUGUUGUGGGAGCUUAUCGUCAUGCUAAGAACCCCACUUCUUCGAUGGCUUUGGAAGGGAUUUUCAUAGCUUACUUGAACUCCAUUGUCAUUGUCCUUGACACCAUUGUGAGUUGUGUGUUCUUAAGAAGCUGUAAAACCACUUGUCAGAUAGAUGAGGAGAGUAAAUACUAUUACCAAAUUGAAAUUCAAAAACAAGAAGCCAACAAUUUGGUAAAGUUCAAGACUUCUUUCUGUUGA